ACUGUGACGAGUUCUAUUCGACCCCUCAACUACAGCGAGCGCCCUUCCGUUCCUCCGCCUCGGCCCAUCCACCCACGUCGACGACGAGCUCUCCCCUCUCGUCCCGUCUCCUCCCCCUCGCGACGCCACCGCCGCGUCGCCGGUCGCGGGCUCGCCGCCCCAGGUAGGACGUAGCUAGUCACCCCGCCCGGCCCCGAUGGCUGAGGAGCUGGUGCUCGACACGGCGAUCCGGGACUGGGUCCUCAUCCCGCUCUCCGUGGUCAUGGUGCUCAUCGGCGUGCUCCGCUACUUCGUCUCCAAGCUCAUGCGCUCCCCGCCGUCGGCCUCCCCCUCCCCCGACCCCAAGACCGUCAAGGAGGGGCAGGUCGUCAUCAGGGCGAGGAACCUGAGGAACGGCGCGCAGUUCAUCCCGGCCAAGGCCUUCAAGGCCCGCAAGCUUUAUUACACCAACGGGGAAGCCGGAUUGCUUCAUGUUCCUAAAGAGGAUGCCCAGAAGGCUCAGGCGGCUAUGUUUUCGGACCCAAACAUGGCCAUGGAUAUGAUGAAGAAGAAUCUCUCCAUGAUAGUUCCACAGACACUUACAUUUGCAUGGGUGAACUUCUUCUUUUCCGGUUUUGUUGCAGCCAAAAUCCCCUUUCCAUUGACUCAACGAUUCAGGGGAAUGCUGCAAAAUGGGAUAGACCUGAGUACUGUUGAUGUGAGCUAUGUUAGCAGCCGUUCAUGGUACUUCCUCAAUUUAUUUGGCUUGAGGGGUCUUUUCAGUCUCAUCCUUGGUGAAGAAAAUGUUUAUGCAGCUACUGAUGAUGCCCAAAAGAUGAUGGCGAUGGGUGGUGGAAUGGGCUUUAAUCCAGCAAUGAGCUUGAGCGCAGAGAAAGACAGCCUCGACAUCAUCCAGCAUGACUGGGCUUUACCGAAGAUGGAGCGUCAUGCCGAAGAGGUGUUGAGGAAACUACUGAAGAAUUGACCUGAACAAGCACGACUAGGCCCUGCAAGUUUUGUUUUUAGCUUGUUGACUCAGUUAUACAUCUGUAAUUGUAUUGUUUAUUUACGAGCGCUACUCAUUACGAAGCCGUGAGAUAUCUUUUUCACUCAUGUAGUCUGGCAACACUAGUAGAAAAGGAUGUAUUCCAUAUCAUAUUUCCCUGUAACGCACGAGCUGCUUUUGGUAAUCCAAGGUGACAUUCUCUGAAAAAAAGAAAGAUUAAGUUGUCCGCA